UAGUAGGUUGGCCUGAGUCCAAGUGCUAUUUGCUUACCUGAUGCUACUCUGCUCCUUCUGGAAAGCUCAAAUGUGGCCAGGAGACAAGAUCAUGUUCCGAAGGCACUGUUAGGUGAACAACAGUGUUAAUAUGGUGAAAAGGAAGCUUGCAGCUCAUGACAAUCUGAAACUGACAAUCACACAAGAAGGAAAUAAAUUCACGGUCAAAGAAUCCAGCAAUUUUCGUAACAUUGAUAUUGUUUUUGAGCUUGGUGUCACUUUUAAUUACAGCCUAGCAGAUGGAACUGAACUCAGUGGUGCUUGGAGCCUAGAGGGAAAUAAACUUGUUGGAAAAUUCAAACGGGUAGACAAUGGAUGUGAACUGAAUGCUAUCCGAGAAAUUGUAGGUGGUGAACUGAUCCAGACUUACACAUAUGAAGGAGUAGAAGCCAAGAGGAUCUUCAAAAAGGAAUGAGCUUCGUUUUUGGAGCACAGCCCAGAACACAAAUUGAAUAGAAAAUCUAUAUUGUAUUAAAACUGUUUUUCUCUCCCUGAUUAGUCCUUUUGUAAACAUAACCAGCGACUUAUAUUUCUAGUCUUGCCAAGGCAAAAGAAGUAAAAAAGCUAAUUAGGAUUUAAUUUGUUUUACAUUCUCUAAGAUGUACAUUUAUUGCUGUAUUCGUGUUGGAAAAGAAUUUGUGACGUUUUAAAACAGAUGAAUAAACUUUGU